AUGGCUAACUCCAAAACAAUACUCCUUGCACAACAAAACCUCUUCUCUGUUUUCCUUUUAACCUUUCUCUUGUUAAUCACCAAUGUCAAAUCAAACUCAUUUUCUUUCGGCAUCCCCAAGUUUGACACCAGUACCAAAAACAUAUUUCUCGGCGGUGAUGCCAAAACCAUUGAUGGAGUGCUACAACUGACUAAAAAAGACCAAGUUGGAAAACCGCUUCCACAUAGUUUUGGUCUCUCCGCAUUUUCAGGAUUUAUUAAUCUCUCCGACAAAAAAAGUGGUAAAGUUGCUGGCUUUACCACCGAGUUCUCCUUUGUUGUAAAUCCAAAGGGUUCAGAACUUCACGGAGAUGGAUUCACUUUCUUUAUUGCGUCAUUGGGUUUUGAGUUCCCCGACAAUUCAUCAUCAGAGGGUGGAUUCCUAGGUCUUUUCGAUGAAGGAACGGCCUUCAAUACCUCUAAAAACUCUAUUGUUGCUGUUGAGUUUGAUAGUUUUGCAAAUGAAUGGGACCCUCAAGGGAACACACCUCAUAUAGGAAUUGACAUCAACACGAUUGAAUCUUCGAUCACUGUUGAUUGGCCAAUUGAUCGUCAACAAGAAGGAUCAAUAGGGAAGGCACGUAUAACUUACACUGCUGCCUCAAAAGAAUUGAGUGUGCUUGUAACUUAUCCAAAUGAUCCCAUCAAAGAGGAAGUUGGUGUAUCAUAUCCGGUUGAUUUCGCAGAUAUUCUAUCUGAAUGGGUCCUUGUUGGUUUCUCAGGUGCCACGGGCCAACUUGCCGAAACACACGAUAUUCUUUCUUGGUCUUUUGCUUCGAACUUGUAG